UCGAAAUUGGACUAGUUUCAAUAGUUUUUUUUAUCCCUUUACUUAGAAAGUUAGCACUUUUGGAGAGCUUUGGGGGAAAUGGGUAAUUGACAAUUGAAGAUGCUUCCAGAUUGGAAACUGUGCACAGGCUUAACUUAAUUGUCAUGGCUGUUAGUUCUUAUAUCCACACAUCAUUUGUCUCAACUCUGUAUAAUAUUUCCAUCUGCUGGAGGAACACCAUCUUCGGUUAGAAUCGGAUAUACCUUGUAGUAAGUUUUUUAAUUUAGACCCCACAUUAUACUUUCUCUGGGGGUUAAUUGAAGACACUAAUUUUUUUUUUUUCAAUUUGGAAAUUGGAUUUUUUUUAAAAAUAAUCCUGGCGAGCUAGCUCCGCAUUAUGGUUUCAACCGAAUAUUUUGUCUGAAAAAAGUUUAAAAUAUAUUAAAAAAAUAUAUCCAAUUUUUUCUUGUAAGAUUCUUAGGAAAGUGAGAUAAGAGCCAAACUCAAUUUUACAAAAUGAGUUUAUAAGACGAGGAUUGUUCCCCAAGGACUAAACAUCUUGAGUGUGAAGUUUUGCAAGACUAAACAUUUGCGGGUGAUGUGUCAACUGUUGUGAGGAUUAAGUGAGUGAUGCGGAUGAGGAUGUCUUGCAAAUGUUUUUUAAGGAGAGAGAAUUAAAUGGCGAUUUUAUAUCAAGAACUUCUGAUUUAUUAUGGAGAAGAAAUUUCAGAAAUUCUGGUCAUUAUGAUAUUAGCAAGCUCACCGACAACACUUAUCAACAAUCAGAGCAGAUCAUAGAGACCGGCAGUGAUGGUGGUUUUUUGAAACUCACAAAAACCCAGGAGUGGAUAUCAGGUGACAAUUCUCCACCAAUAAACAAGAAGGUUACUGAUAAGGUGUUACAAGACAGCAGCGCAAGACGCAAGAAACUGAACAUGCUCAAAUAUGAAUCUCUCAAGAGGGAAAUAUUGCUUCUAUCUGUGGGUAUUGGAUUGGCUUGUAGUGGAUAUUGCUUGGCAAUUUUGUCAGUACAGGCUGCUAUAAGUUAUGCAAUUGGAGUCCUUUUCAGUUGCUUGUACCUUCAGCUCUUGUAUCAACACGCAGAUAACCUAUCCAGUGAAAAUGUUCCUCAAAUAUUCAAGAAAAAAAAGUCCAAGAAAAUUGGUAUAAGAAGUGAGGACCUUGAAGAUUUCUUAGAGAGGUUAAUCAAGGGUAGCAGCAUAUCACUUUCAUCUCCCAGGCUUGUUAUUCCAGCAGCAAUAUAUGGAAUCUGGGUUCUGUUUCAUAAGUAUUUUAGCAAUGAAUUUUUUGAUUUUCAGAUUGUGCCAGCCAUGUUUGGGAUGUUUGUCUACAAGGCUGCUGUUCUGGUGCAAGUUUAUAGAGACAAUGAGGACCUUCGGUUUGUAUUUCCAGAAAAUGAAGACGGUUCAAGUGAUUGAAAUAUUUAUUUUGCUAUGCUCAGCACUCAGCAGAGUACACUACUGACUCACUGUAUAUCCUUAACUGAGCACUGGUUACGACCCUUCACUAUAUUUAUCAUCAAGCUGAAUUUUAGAACGAUGCUAGUAUUUCAUUAAAUAGUAAAUAAUGUAUUAGUAGUAUCAUGUCUCUGAAUUCAAAACAUGACAUAAAUGAAUAGACAGUUGGAUAGCCAUUAGCCUCCCUCCCCCUUUAUUUUGUUGUACCCAUAAAAGUUGGCAUUGAUGUUGAAAGAUUGCAAGACAAUGUGAAAUGAUAAAAAAGUCUUUAUUAAUAUUUCCAUAUUACAUGUAGUCCUAAACUAUAAUGUUGUAGGGACUACUGAUAUAUGUAAAUAUACACUCA